GACUAAUCUUCCUAACUACGCUUGGGCUGAGAUUUGAUACUAUAUAUUGCAUGGCUUGACCUGCGAGUGGAGAGAGAGAGAGAGAGAAUGGACGAUGAGAGGAAGAUGAGCAUCACUGGAGCAAUGGCCAUGAAUGGAGGGAACGGACAUUACAGUUACGCCCUGAACUCCUCCUAUCAGAAAGGAGUCAUUGUUGCCGCCAUGGAUAUGAUCAAGGAAGCUUUACCCGCAACUGUUGAUCUCAACCACCUAUCUUCAUCCUCUCCAAAUCCCAUCAUCAGAAUUGCAGACUUUGGUUGCUCCACGGGACUCACAUCCAUUCAAGCCAUCGAAACCAUAAUUCGGUGCCUCUUAGACCUCAUCAAACCCGUCGAACAACCUCAAUCUCGUACCCUCGAGUUCCAAGCCAUCCUCAACGACCUCCCCACCAAUGACUUCAACACGCUUUUCGCCGACCUCCCGCCCGAGAGGCGGCGGUACUACGUGGCGGCAGCCCCUGGAUCGUUCCAUGGCCGUCUCCUCCCGAGCGCGUCCCUACACUUGGCAUAUUCGUCCUGCGCGCUCCAUUGGCUGUCCCGCGUUCCGCAAGAGAUAUUGGACAAGUCUUCCCGCGCUUGGAAUGGAGAGAGAAUUCACUACGCGAGCUCGCCUGCGGAGGUGGUAGGGGCGUACUCUGCUCAAUUCGGGAGAGACAUGGAGGCAUUUCUUAGUGCGAGAGCGGAGGAGAUGGUCGGUGAAGGAUUGAUAUUUAUGGUCGUGCCUGGUGAGCCGGAUUUGGUUCAUGAUUCUCGGACCACAAUGGGAUCGGAAUUGGAGCUGCUAGGUUCUUGCCUUGUGGACAUGGCCAAAGCGGGGGCAGUAAGCAAAGCCAAAGUAGAGAGCUUCAACGUGCCAAUAUAUUUCCCAUCAAGAAAAGAGCUGCAACAAGUGAUCGGUCGAAACAGAUUCUUCGACAUCCGGAAGAUUCAGACCUCGAGCCACCCCAAAAUGCACGUCGCUCUUUCCACCCCGGAAUCGCUCUCUCUCCUCUAUAGAGCCGUAUCCGAGGGGUUAUUGCUCCAUCAUUUCGGCGAUGAACUGAUCAUCGACGACUUGUUCCACCGGUUCUCGCUCAAAGCGGCGAAAUCUCCCUUUUUCCUGAAGCCGGAAAGCCACGAGACCAUCACAUUCUUUGUGGUCCUCAAGCGUAAAAAGUCUGAAGAGAAUAUGCAGUGAUUCCACUGGUGCAUACUCUACGUUGUUCCAUGGUGGGCAAAAUGUCUUCGCCAAAUACCUUUUUCUGGUGGAGAGAAAUGACUAGGAGCAGAAAUUUGAGUUCAAGUCAACGGGGACGUUGACUGGAUAUCCCCAACCCAGACGAGUUUGUGCUUAAUCUUCCAUGUGGUGUGCUGCUUUUUCAUAUUGAAAUGAAUAUUACUAAUCACAGUAGUGUGCUGUAAUGGCCUUUGUUAAACCUCUGUAGAUUCACAUUUGCUUGCUCUAUCUUAAAGAAUGCACAAUUAUGUUAAUGCU